CCUAUUUUGGCGGCCGUGCGCAGCGCCAGUAGGCAACCAUGUGCCGAGGCUGACGGCGAAACGCACUUGCAGGCGAAGCAGCUGCGACAGCCACGACAACGCGAGCGAAGAAGCUGCUGGGCCGCUGGGGCCAGCGUGUCAGCAUGCAGCACAUAAGACAUCGGCGAGUGCCGGACUGCUGAACGAUGCCCGUGGACUUGAACCGCCUGGCUGAUGGCUGGCUGCAGCUGGAGAGCGAUCCAGGCCUGUUCACUCUGCUACUCGAGGACUUCGGCGUCAAGGGGGUCCAGGUGGACGAGAUCUACGACCUGCAGAAGUCCAUCGAAGGGCCCGUGUACGGCUUCAUCUUCCUCUUCAAGUGGAUCGAGGAGAGGCGUUCGCGGCGGAAGGUGGUCGUGCAGGAGGAGAAAUUUGUCGAGAAGGAGGAGAUCGUCAACUCCAUCUUCUUCGCGCACCAGAUCGUGCCCAACUCGUGCGCAACUCACUCGCUGCUGAGCAUCCUGCUGAACUGCUCCAAGAUCUACCUGGGCUCGACGCUGACGCGGCUGAAGGAGCACACGCGGCACAUGGACCCGGAGAACAAGGGCCACGCCAUUGGCAACACCCCCGAGCUGGCACGCGCACACAACACGCACGCCAAGCCCGAGCCUCCGCAGGAGAAGGGCCAUGGCGUGGCCACGGGGCGCACCCUGGAAGCAUUUCACUUCGUGAGCUACGUGCCCAUCGACGGCCGCCUCUACGAGCUGGACGGGCUCAAGCCCUUCCCCAUCGACCACGGGCCCUGGCAGCCUGGCCAGGACUGGACCGACAAGUUCCGCAUGGUGAUAACGGAACGCCUGGGGGGCGGGGACAUCCGCUUCAACCUGAUGGCGGUGGUUCCGGACCGUCGCCAGGCUUACGAGCACAAGCUGCGCACCCUCAAGACCAACCGGGGCAUCGUGCUGGAGGCCCUGCAGCACAUGGCUGAAAAAAAAGGAAAACUCACCCCAGGAGCCACGCCGCCCCGGAAUGGACCCGUUUGGUCACUCGAGGAGCCUUCGAAGCCACGACGACGACCGACUCGGUCGUGUUCAGUGCGCGAGCAACCGGCCCUGGAUGGCCACAACUAUGCCAAGAGCCCCCUGAUGGAGGCACACUCCCCCGCGGCCAGCUCGUCCUCCACGGACACGGCCUCGGAGGCCGGCAGCGCCUUCAACUCGCCUGUGCGGGCCUCUCCCCCCGGCGGGGCGUCCCAGCCGGUGGGGGCCGCCGGCGGGGACCUGGACCGCCUGGUGGUGGUGCGGCUGGGGGAGGAGCACCCCUUUGCGCCCCACGACCUGCUCGCCCUCCUCAAGACCGUCGAGGCCGAGAUCGGGGCCUGCGAGGCUGCCCUCCGGGACGAGCUCGACAGGCGGCGCAAGUACGUGGUGGAUGACUGCCGGCGCACGCACAACUACGACCAGUUCAUCUGCACGUUCCUGUCGAUGCUGGCCGAGCAGGGGCAGCUCGCAGACCUGGUGGAGCAGCAGCUGCAGCCCCGCCGCAGGCCCCCCAAGGACCGCAGCCGGCCCAGGCGCAGGCGCUGACGCUCUCUCUCCACCGGGACGGCGCUAUGUACAGGAGUCUGCCCUAGACGGACGUCUCGUUGCUGUCCCUGCGCAGAGAGAGAGUCCCUCGAGUCGUGCCGGACUUCCCUGACUCUGGUUUUUCUGCUGCAGCGACCAACGAGCCAAAGGUUCCCCGGCAUGGCUGGUCGAAGUUGCGAGGCUAAAACCUCGCCAAGUCCCCGGCGCGGCUCGCUAAGCGUCGCGCACCGGGCGGCGCACAUUCUAACGAGGUUCGCUCUCUGGAUGCGGUAAUAAACCUAGGCAAAAGAACCUGCCCGGAUUUUUACGACGGAA